AUGCCUGUCAGUAACGGAUCCAUGAUGGAUUUGCCGUCGGAGUACGUGAAAAUUAAAGCACACUACGGAGGGGACAUGCUGAUCUCAGACCUGGAUUUGGCGCUGACGUACACAGAGGUGUGUAAGGAGGUCAGAGAGAUGUGUGGAGUUCGCAAAGAAACGCCAAUAACACUCAAAUGGAUCGACGACGAAGGAGACCCGUGUACCAUCUCAUCCCAGAUGGAGCUGGAGGAAGCGUUUCGGAUCUACAGCCGAAACCGGCACUCUGGACUCCUCCUGCACGUAUUUCCAAGUAUUCCUGAAAAGCCUGGUAUGCCGUGCCCAGGAGAGGACAAAUCGAUCUACCGCCGUGGAGCUAGACGAUGGAGGAAGCUGUACCGGGUGAACGGACACCUCUUCCAGGCCAAGCGCUUUAACAGGAAAGCGUACUGUGGCCACUGCAGUGAGAGGAUAUGGGGACUGGGGCGUCAGGGCUACAAGUGUAUCAACUGCAAGCUGCUGGUCCAUAAACGCUGUCACAAACUCGUCCCGCUGACCUGUCAAAGGCAUAUGGAUCCAGUCAUGCCAUCACAGGAGCCGCUGGUAGACGAUGAUAAAAGUGGAGAAGAAGUGGAGCUUCCCCCUGAGGACCCAGAGGACACAGACGCAAUUCCAGUCCCUUUCUUAGCACACAACCGAAAGGUGGAGAAAGCUGAAGAUGAUUCAGAGGACCUGAAGGCAGUGGUGGAUGGUAUCGAGGGCAUUCAGAUCUCUCAGUGUCUCGGUUUGGGGGAUUUCGACCUGAUUCGAGUCAUUGGCAGAGGCAGUUACGCAAAAGUGCUGCUCGUCCGGCUCAAGAAGAACGAGCAGAUUUACGCCAUGAAGGUGGUGAAGAAAGAGCUGGUUCAUGAUGAUGAGGACAUCGAUUGGGUCCAGACAGAAAAACAUGUGUUUGAACAAGCAUCGACCAAUCCAUUUUUAGUGGGACUUCACUCUUGCUUUCAGACAGAGAGCCGGCUCUUUCUAGUGAUCGAGUAUGUGAAUGGAGGAGAUCUCAUGUUCCAUAUGCAGAGGCAGCGGAAGCUUCCAGAGGAACAUGCCAGAUUUUAUGCUGCUGAAAUUUGCAUCGCUCUUAAUUUUCUGCAUGAGAAGGGCAUUAUUUACCGGGAUUUAAAACUGGACAAUGUACUAUUGGACCAGGAUGGCCAUAUCAAACUUACAGACUAUGGCAUGUGCAAGGAGGGAAUCAGACCAGGUGACACCACCAGCACAUUCUGUGGGACGCCCAACUACAUCGCCCCAGAGAUCCUGAGGGGAGAGGAUUAUGGUUUCAGUGUGGACUGGUGGGCUCUCGGCGUGCUCAUGUUUGAGAUGAUGGCGGGCCGAUCGCCCUUCGAUAUCAUCACUGACAAUCCUGACAUGAACACAGAGGAGUAUCUCUUCCAGGUCAUUUUGGAGAAGCCGAUUCGGAUUCCCAGGUCAUUGUCUGUUAAGGCUGCAAGUGUGCUGAAAGGUUUUCUGAACAAGGAUCCGAAAGAGAGGCUGGGAUGCCAAGUUCAAACCGGCUUCACAGACAUCAAGUCUCAUACAUUCUUCAGAAGCAUAGACUGGGACCAGCUGGAACAGAAGCAGGUGACGCCACCGUUCAAACCUCAAAUCACAGAUGACUACGGUUUAGAAAACUUUGACACACAGUUCACCAACGAACCCGUGCAGCUCACACCAGAUGACGAGGAUGUGAUAAAGAGAAUAGACCAGUCUGAGUUUGAGGGAUUCGAGUACAUUAAUCCUCUGCUGCUCUCCACUGAAGAAACCGUAUGA